AUGAGGAUAAUUGGGAUUCGACGUGGACAAAAUAAUGUGGUUCUCAGGAUCCAUCCCACCAAAGAAUUAAUAGAUGCGAUAAACAUAGGUCUUUCUGCUGUCUUUAUUUGUUCCUGCUUGCAUACUUCGACAGUAGCCUAUCCUUGCUGGAGCGAACCCAUCACAAACAUUAAGUCCUUAGGGAAGGUUCCUCAUGAAGUUCAACGCGUGCAGCUGCCAACAUUUCAUGAUAACCCUUUGAUUCCAUCGGAUGGUUGUGAACAAACCUAUGGUGUUAUGCCAUGCACCAACACUGUCCUAGGAAAUGGCUUUCUAAUUCUUGUAUAUGCUUACUGCAUUUUCUGGGCUGCUAAGAUUUUGACUGAUGGAAGUGAGAUUUUGCUUGAAAUUCUUGGUUCGGGCAUCAUUGGUGGUCUCUCCUUGCUCAUAUUCAGCUCACUUCCGAAUGCUAUUAUCAUCCUUGCAUCGGGACUAUCCGAGACCAAGGAAACUGCUCAAAGUCAGCUCUCCAUUGGAAUGGGCUUGCUGGCUGGAACAGCUGUUAAUCUUCUGACAUUACUUUGGGGAUCCUCUGUUUUAUUUAGCAGGCACGACCUUGAAGAGUCUGCAGAUUCAACAGAUACAAAACGCUUUAGCUUUACUGGGUCAGUUGUCAAGACUGAUAUCCAAACCACCGAUGCUGCAAGGAUCAUGGUUUUAUCUGUUAUCCCAAUCAUGGUAGUCUUACUACCACAAGCGUUUAAAAAAACAUCUCAGAGUCGCUAUGCUUUAUUGAUUUCAGUCAUUGUCUCAUUUUCAUUAUUGAUUUCCUAUGGAGUCUAUCAGAUUUUUUAUCCUUGGAUUCAGAAGAGAAAAUUGGACUACGCAAAUCAAAAGCAUCAAUUGUCAAAUAAACAUUCAAAAAGCAACGUAUCACGAAUAUUUUAUAAAGAAAAUGGCGAACCAGACACAGCUGCCUUUAUAAAGUUAUUUAAGAAGAUUGAUACUAAUGAUGAUGGAUACCUCUCACCGAUGGAGUUGAAAGUACUUCUUUUAGGAAUAAAUCUUAAACGACAUCUUGAUAUUGAUGCUGCUGUGGAAAGUGUUUUGAGAGAUUUUGAUGCAUCUGAAGAAUCUCGUAUUAGCAUGGAUAGGUUUCUCAUACAUUUUCCAAAAUGGUUGGAUGAGACUAAGCCUUCAGAUAUGCGUGACAAUCAUCAUAGUCUACAGAAUGUUUAUCUCACUCAUCAUCGUCCCAAGCCAAUAAGGUUUAAACACAAAUUGCAUCCACAUAGAAAUGAGAAUCAGCAUUUACUUGGGGAACAAAGUGAUUUAGCUGGGAAGAGCGUUGGAAAUUCCAAAUUCAAUCAUCAUCGCCCCCGCCCAAUAAGAUUUAAACAUAGCUUUCCUCAGCAGAGUUAUGGGAAUAUGCAAGUCAUUGGAAAUCUUAAAUGGGUUGUCUGUAAAACAAUAUUGAUGCUGCUUCUUGGAAUUCUUGUUGCAUCUUUUUUUGCUGAUCCCCUCGUGGACGUUGUUGAUAACUUCGCCAUUGCCACAAGAAUUCCCUCUUUCUUUAUCUCAUUCAUCAUUCUGCCUUUUGCUGGAUGUAGUGAUGUUGUGUUGGCUCUAUUUCUUGUUAGCAGAGAGAAACCAAGCAUUGUUGGAAAAUUAACAUUUUCUGAGAUUUAUCGAUUAGUGACUGUGAAUAACAUCAUUGGCUUGUCGAUCUUCUUAAGCCUCAUAUACAUUCGCAAUUUGGAGUGGUAUUUCUCAAUUGAAAUGCUGACCAUUGUGAUUGUAUGCAUUGCGAUUGGUCUUCUUGCUAGUUUUCGGACCACCUUCCCCCCUUGGAUGUGUGCGGUGGCAUACACACUUUAUCCAUUCUCCCUUGUGUUGGUUUAUGUUCUUGACUCUGUUCUUGGAUUGUCUUAGAAUUAUUUCUCUUUAUAAAUUUAUGUAUCUAUGAAGGCAACUCCUUUAGAAACUUUAGCUUUUGGAUAAAUUUGAUACUCCAUACUAAAUCUUGGUUGAAUUUAUGCUAACCUGUUAUAUGUGCAUUGUCUCUCUACUUGUGAAUGAAAAUUCACAUUUGCUUUGAUGUUCAAGAAUCAUAAGUUCUUUAUGAAAUAAAUCAAAAUAGGUUUUGUGUUGUA